AUGUUUCGUUAUAUACAAAAAUCUAUAAAACCAUUCGGUUUAAAAUCAGUUAGAUAUUCAAGUAUCAUUUCAGUUCACAGAAAUCAUGAACUUGAUAACCCAAAUAUUCCAUUUGAAUUCUCCGCUGAAAAUUUAAAAAGAGCUGAAGAAAUUAUAACAAAAUACCCACCUCAAUAUAAGAAAGGAGCUUGUAUGCCAUUAUUAGACUUAGGUCAAAGACAAUUAGGUUUCACUUCCAUAUCGGUUAUGAAUUAUGUUGCCAAAAUGUUGGAUAUGCCACCAAUGAGAGUCUAUGAAGUUGCAACUUUCUAUACCAUGUACAAUAGAAAACCAAUGGGUAAAUAUAAUUUACAAAUUUGUACUACUACUCCAUGUCAAUUAUGUGGUUCAGAUGACAUCAUGGAAGCCGUUCAUAAAACCUUAGGUAUAAAACCAGGUGAAACUACUAAAGAUGGAUUAUUCACAUUCCAAGAAGUUGAAUGUUUAGGAGCUUGUGUAAAUGCUCCAAUGAUGGGUGUUAAUGAUGAUUAUUUCGAAGAUUUAACUGGUGAUAAAACUGUCGAAUUAUUAAAACAAUUACAAAAUGGUAAAGAAUUAUCCGAAUUAAAAGCUGGUCCAUUAAGUGGUAGAGAAAGUUGUGAACCUUAUAGUGGUGCUAAAGUCUUAUUAGGUGAUAAACCAACUGAUAUUAGACAAUUUACUAGAUCUGAUUUAUAA